CCGUCAAUCCAUCUUCCUGUCGACCAGCAUCCUUCUGCCGUCAUCUCACCCGUUCAGCCGUCAUCCCGCCGGCGUCCCGCAAUGGGCAUCGCGCGCACGUGGAACGUGGAGUCGACGGUCAAGGUCGCCUUCGCCGUGGUCGUCGGCAGCACGCUCGUCAGCUCCUACCUCUACGCG